AUAUACGUGUGUGUGUGUGUGUGUGUAUGGAGAUUGGGAGGUCCAGGAUCAAGGUGUCAGAAGACUGGGUGUCUAGUGAGGCUGCUCUUCCUGGAUCAUAGGCAGUGGUAUUCUUUCUGGGUCCUCACAUGAUGAAAAGAGAGCUGGAGAGCUUAUUGGGGUCUCUUUGAUAAGGACACUAAUCUCAUUUAUGAGAGCUGUACCCUCAUGAUUUAAUUGCCUCCCAAAGACCUUACCUCCUAAUGCCACCAUAUUGGGAGCUAGGUUCUCAACAUAUGAAUCUAUGGCAUGGGGAGGAACACAAACAUUCAGUCCAUAACAGAGAUACAUAAAUAAUAAAAUUAUAGCGCAGAGGGUUAGAAAACUCCCCAGGGUCAAAUAGUAGUGGCCAAUGUAGGAGUCAUACCACUUUAACGGAACACUAUACUCAUCUCUGAUAUCUUUUCUCCCCUCUCUUCCUUUUUGUAGAAGUAUGUGGAAGGGUACAUUUGUAGGCCUCUGUUUUUUCCAGGGGCUUAUAACUCAGGACAUCCAGAAAAGGUCAGGAUUGAAGGAGGCAGAGUAGUGAGAGGAAGCCAGAAGCUGUCUGCCCGAGGCUGGCUGGAGGCUCUGGGCUUCUAACAAGAGUUACACUGGGAACCUUGGUAGAAGCCAGGUGGUCCAGAUCCAUGGGGAAGAAAUAUUGCAAAAUUAUCAGGAAAGAUACCAUUUCAGGCAUAAAGCAGGUGCAUUGAGCUGGAACACCACUUGUGUUAGGUCUCUCAAAACCAAGUGAGGCUUGGUAGAGGCCAGCAACAAGAGAAGAAAGACAUCCCCAUUUGGGCAAUGAAACAGUGAACUAGAAAGGAAAUAGAAAGCAAAAAGAACAACAACACCUAUAAUAUAGUGAACACUUAGAUGGUCUUUUAAGCACUUUAAAUAUAAGCACUAAUUUAACCAUCACAAUAAUCUAUAAGAUUUGUUCAUAUUAAUUACUAGUAAUCAUUAGAUACUGUAUAUUGUUAUAAUUUUUGUUAGUAAUACUAGUAAUACUAUUCUUAUUGCAUUUUACAGAUAUAUCCACUGAGGCACAAAGGGGUUAAGUGACGUAUCCAAGGUCACAUGCCUGGUAAGUGGCAGGACUGGGUUUUAAAUAAAACAAUCUGGCUUGACAGUUCACACUCUAAACCAUUUCACUUGGGAACAAACCCCAGAGAAUAGAUGAAACCAAAAUUUCAUCUGAGUUGAAUCUAUUUUGAUUUAAUGUAAUAAUUUCUGCACCUGACAUUUCCCUAGCAAUUUAUAAUUUACAAAGGGUCUGGUCCCCAUCAUUUUGGAAUCUCAGCCCUGCCACUUCCUUGCUGCAUGACCUCAUUCCACUGACUGGCUAAGCUUCCACUUCCCUAUCUGUAAAGUGGGGAUAAUAAUACUUGUUGGGAGGAUUUCAUGAGAUAAAGCACAUGUAGGGUUUAGCUCCACACAAAGCCCAUAAUAAGAGCUCAGUAAGUGUUUGCUCCCACUGUUGCUGUGGUUAUUAUUAAUAUUUCACUUGAGCUGCAUGACAACCCUGUGAGUUCGGAAGGAUUUAUUAACUUAUUUCUCAGGUUCUGAAACUGAAACUCAUAGAAAGUAAAUAACUAGCCCAAGGAACAAGCCAGAAAGUGCUAAUGCCAGACUCGGAAAAUAUUCCAACUCCAAGCCUCCUCCCCUGCUUCCAACCCUCAACUCCACCUCCUCUCUUUCCCCCAGGAGGCACCAUUACAUGAACUAGAUCAUUCUUCAAACAGGACUGUGGGAAAGUUUGAAGAUAUUGGAAGUCCAGGCUCAGGGAUAAAUUCUAAGGAGAAUCAAGAAAGUCAUAAAGGUGCAAAUAGAUAGUUGCCCAAGCAACUGCCAGAGGGCAGAAGUGACUGAGGUUGCACAUGGUGAUUAACUAUGCUACCCCAUAGAGCCAAAGUGGUUUGGGCACAGGUGGCAGGGGAGUGUCCUUAGGCCAGAAAAUAAAGGAGAAUGGGAGUAUUUUCAUCUAACAGCUAAACAGAGGCAUGUUUUUAAACCCUGUCUCAAUCAAUCAAAUACCAUUCCAAAACUGCAUUCCACUUUGAGGAAGGGGCAGUGUUUGUUCCUUCGGUUUUCUGUAUUUGUGCAUUUCAAUUCAUUUGUUAAAGUUUCAAUUAAUGCAUCCUGUUCUGGUACAUGAUGCAUUCAGUCCUAUGGCUAUAGGCAAAGGGCUGCUCAGUGAUAAAAUUAGUCCAUCCUAUGAGGUGUACGGUCUUAGUCAACUUCUUUAAGCCUGAUUUUUUUUUUUUUUAAUCAGUACCAGUCAUAUGAUUGGGAGAUUCCAGGAUUUCUAGUCUCUGGAUUGGGAGCCAGUCCUCCCAGAAUUAAAAUCAUGUGCUUCCCCUCACAUCUGUUAUGCAGAACUGUCACCGAUUUUUUUCUUUUUAAAAUUAAUGGAAGUUCUUAUUUUGUAUUCUUUAAUCAGUUAAACAAUAACCCGCAACCCUUGGACCAAAUUAUUUUGUAUUCUUUAGUAGUAAGGUGUUUAAUUAAAAAAAAAACAAAAAAACUUGAUACAUGCUACUUGCAGAGCUUCAUCUCAUUAGCAUUCUAACGAUGUAUUCAGCAAACUGUUGUUGAACACACACUAAGUGCCAGGCACUGUGCCCAGGCAGCCAUAAAACAAUGGACAAGACAGGCUCCCCAGGAAGUUUACAAUGGUAGUUACUUACAGCUUUUGUUAGCUGCCACAAAGACAGAGACCCCAACUACUUUGGAUUUCUCCAUACCCCCUAGGACAUAGCUUGGGACAUAGUAAACAUUUAAUAGUCUUCCGAGUUUAACUUCAACAAUUAAUCAUUCAGUUAAAAAUGUAUACUUUUCUCCAAUUAGAUGAUACUCUACUUAUGCCCACUAGGUGGCGAUCUUGCUUAUAGUUUGCUCACGCUGAAAGAGGCUGCCUUUCAAAUACAUACAUAUCCCAGUAGAAGUUAAACCAAAAGACAAAAAAAUUAAAUUUGCGUGCUUAUUUAGUGUAAUAUACUAUGUUAGGUGGUAUAAGAAAUAAAAGGUUAAUAAGAUGUAGUCCCUGCCUGCUAGGGAAAGACGAGGAGCUUGCACAGGGCAAAAAAAUAAGACCUUUGAAUGAAUUAAUAUAUUUUGAUGUAACCAUAUGGGAGCCAUAGUAAUCUCAUUAUCAGAUAAGAGUUAUAAAAUUGCAUGAUAAAGCCACCAUGUGGUUGGGAACAGAUUCAACAGUUCAGCCAAUACGUACUUAACCACACCAGUGAAAACACUUGACCGUAUCCUGGGUCAGUGCUGGAAUACUCCAAAUGAGGUUUUUUGAUGCCUCUGUUCAGCCAUAAACAUAAGAGUGUCUGCUCUAUCACCCUAGAACGUUUUUUCUUUGGAGAAAAAAAAACAUAAUCAGUGCCAGUUGAUGAGGCAGUCCAGUUGAAAACCUUCAUAUGCACCUGAUGGGGAGAUGAAAGGAGAGAAAAGAUACACCUUGUAAGAAAACAGAUUUCAAACUCUGGCGUUUGGGAGGUGGAUUCCACCACGCCCCUGAACUUGUGUCUACCCUGGGUAUCUCAGUGUGGAUCUGGGACUCAUUCUGAGGCAGAGAGGUAAGGGAGAGGGCUGACUGGCAUCCAAGAGUUUUCCUAGUAAAUGUAACCCAGAGGUGACUGGAAGAUGUGUUGGGGUGGAGAGGUUGUUCAUUUUGUUUUGUUUGCUCCUUCACCACCUCCCCGCCCACUCUCCCCCCACCACCAUUUGUUUUUCCCUUAAACCAUAAAAGCAGUAAAUCAAAUGCAGUAUGGGAUGGAAGUUUUCUUUUUUUUUCUUUUCUUUUUUUUUCCUGUUCAUUUGAAAACUCCUUUUAAUUGAAAAAUCACAUUUGGGGAACAAAGUGGUCACAUGACAGUGAAUUUCAAACUUGAGAAUGCUGACUUGAUUUAAAAAAAAAAUACUGAUCUUUCCUGGUGGAGGGAAAAUCAAGCACAUGCAGCCAGGAGACCCGAGUUUGACUUUUAGUUUCACCACUUGCUAACUGUGCAAUCCUGAGCAACACCCAUUCCUUCUCCGUGCCUCAGUUUCCUCAUGGACAAAACGAUAUCAUUUCCUUCGAAAAGUUGUCCCUGACUCCCCUCUCCCCAACACGAGGUUGGAUGGCUAUAAUCUCUCUUAGCAACCUGAGAGUCCCACUGGAAUGUAAACUCCAGCAGCAUGGGACCAGGAUCUGUGGAUUUUGCUGCUGGUGAGCAAAACCAGAACCGAGGGGCAAUCGCUGUGUUGAACGGAUGCACGAAUGAAUGGCAGAUGGCCUAGGUGUUCAAGGGCACGUGCACAGCGAGACUUCAUGCCCUGGGAGUCCCUUGGGAAAGGCAGAGGGCCAAUAGUGAUUGGUGCUGGUGUACGUGCUCAGAAAAGGGGGUGUCGGUUCAAAGUUGUUGGCUACAGAGGGUUCCUCUUUCCGCUGGAAUCACAUCCUCUGUGGCUCAGAGACAUUCCCAGGGAUUUACAUAAAGCAGCGUGAAUCACCCGGACAGACACUGAGAAAGCAAAGGAACUCUGCCUGAUCCUAGCCUGGCGGCGCUCGGAGAGCGGUGGAAAUUUGUCUGAAGUUUGCAGGAGACCCGGUGCUGCCUAGGCAAAGGGACCAGGCGACCACGACACCCCUACGAGGGCCCAGGGCGCGUCCCCCCCCGCCAGGCCCCAGACUCCAGCUCUGCGCCACCCCCUCCUACGCUCCGGCGCGGGCGCAGCCAGUCCGGCUUCCUCCAGGCCCCUAAGUCCCCGACCGAGUGUGGGGCCGCCUCUCCCUCUCGGAAGAAGCCAUUGCCGCUUUAAGGGGAAGAGGAGGGGAAGGGGGCGGGGGAGCGGGGGGCGGGGAGCGGCGGCGGAGGAGGGGGAGGGGGAUCCCCCUCGCUCCCACGUGGUCCGGGCGCCUGUGAAUCGCGCCCACCGGAGGGUCUCACAGCGAAAUACAAAAGCAGCUGGGAAGCGGCGGCGACGCGAGUUCCCAGCGCCGGGCGGAGCGCCGGACAGAGCCCCGCAGCGCCCCGCGGCCGCGAUGGGGCCGAAGCGCCCGAAGCCCCAGAGCCCACCAACUGCCGGGCCCGCCUCGCCGCCGGGACCCGGGUGCCUGGGCUCGGCUUGAAGCGGUGGCGGCGCACCGGCACAGUCGCGAGAGCAUGGGCAGGAGGAUGCGGGGCGCCGCCGCCACCGCGGGGCUCUGGCUGCUGGCGCUGGGCUCGCUGCUGGUGCUGUGGGGAGGGCUCCUGCCGCCGAGGGCCGAGCUGCCCGCCUCCCGGCCGCCCGAAGACAGACUCCCACGGCGCCCGGCUCGUAGCGGCGGCCCCGCGCCCGCGCCCGCGCCUCGCUUCCCUCUGCCCCCGCCCCUGGCGUGGGACUCCCGCGGCGGCUCCCUGAAAACUUUCCGGGCGCUGCUCACCCUGGCGGCCGGCGCGGACGGCCCGCCCCGGCAGUCUCCGGGCGAGCGCAGGUGGCACGUGCCUGCCGGGCAGCCCCGGCCGGAGGAGAGCGCCGCGGUGCACGGGGGCGUCUUCUGGAGCCGCGGCCUGGAGGAGCAGGUGCCCCGGGGCUUUUCGGAGGCCCAGGCGGCGGCGUGGCUGGAGGUGGCUCGCGGCGCCCGGGUGGUGGCCCUGGAGCGCGGGGGUUGCGGGCGCAGCUCCAACCGACUGGCCCGCUUUGCCGACGGCACCCGCGCCUGCGUGCGCUACGGCAUCAACCCGGAGCAGAUUCAGGGCGAGGCCCUGUCCUACUACCUGGCGCGCCUGCUGGGCCUCCAGCGCCACGUGCCGCCGCUGGCACUGGCCCGGGUGGAGGCUCGGGGCGCGCAGUGGGCGCAGGUGCAGGAGGAGCUGCGCGCUGCGCACUGGACCGAGGGCAGCGUGGUGAGCCUGACGCGCUGGCUGCCCAACCUCACGGACGUGGUGGUGCCCGCGCCUUGGCGCUCGGAGGACGGCCGUCUGCGCCCCCUCCGGGACGCCGGGGGUGAGCUGGCCAACCUCAGCCAGGCGGAGCUCGUGGACCUAGUACAAUGGACCGACUUAAUCCUCUUCGACUACCUGACAGCCAACUUCGACCGGCUCGUAAGCAACCUCUUCAGCCUGCAAUGGGACCCGCGCGUCAUGCAGCGCGCCACCAGCAACCUGCACCGCGGUCCCGGCGGGGCGCUGGUCUUUCUGGACAACGAGGCGGGCUUGGUGCACGGCUACCGGGUGGCAGGCAUGUGGGACAAGUAUAACGAGCCGCUGUUGCAGUCAGUGUGCGUGUUCCGCGAGCGGACCGCGCGGCGCGUCCUGGAGCUGCACCGCGGACAGGACGCCGCGGCCCGGCUGCUGCGCCUCUACCGGCGCCACGAGCCUCGCUUCCCCGAGCUGGCCGCGCUCGCCGACCCCCACGCUCAGCUGCUACAGCGCCGCCUCGACUUCCUCGCCAAGCACAUUUUGCACUGUAAGGCCAAGUACGGCCACCGGUCUGGGACUUAGUGUCACCCGGAGGAAAAGAGACCUGGGGCUGGGGUAUGGAUGAUGGGGGGAAGGGCCGUCGCCUCUGCCACUGUCGGGGACCAGCCAGCCAACGCCCACCCGCAAAGGUGUCUAAAAACUUAAGCUCUUCACCCACCUGCCCCUUUCUUUCAAUCCCACGCUGUUUCCUUUCAAAGUUCUGGGAGGACGAACUCACCGAGGCGAGAAGUGUAACAUUCCCUCCACCCAGCUUAUAAAAGGAUUCUUUCCUGUGCCAGCACGGAGAUUGGAUCCGAAGAAACUGGCUACUGGGGUUUGGCCCCCGAGUGGCCGUCCCUGUGGGAGAUGUACCCCAUUCUUGGGCCCCCCUCAUUCCCUUUCCGAAAAAGGAAAACUUCCGUUUGAGCCGUUGAGCUAAUUCUGCAAUUUUCUACCAAACACAGCGCUGGUGGCCCCGGAGCAGGGCUGUGACAUUGGCUGGUGGAGCCCCCUUCCUGUGUUCUCCCUUUGUUCCAGCGCCGCGAUGGUGAGAUCACUGUUCCAAGCAGGGGGACGGCUCCCGAUAGGACAAAGAGAGCAGGACCUCCAGACUCUGGGGAGCCCUGCAGACCUUGACAAUUUGCCUGACUCAUUCCUGACCUCUUGUCAUUUUGGCCUGAAGGCUACAAAUUCAGGGCCAGCUGUAUGCACUAAGUCAAAUAUAAUGAAUUUCUUCUUCCUCCCACUCCCAACCGACCAAAAUUUUGACAAUGAUGAUGUUCACCAGAAGGAAAAAAAAAAUCAGUUUUAUGCACUUUAUUUUGUUUUUAUUUUAAUUUUUUAUUAAGAAAAACUUUUUAUUUUACAGAAUUUACCUUCUCUGUAUAUAUGUGCAUAAAGUGUGUAAAUAUACUAAACAAACUUAUAUUUCAAUAAAAGGGGGUUUAAAAUUUAUAAUUUAA